CUAUAUGUUUGAUAUUUGUCUUCAUGUUCUUCGCCACUCCAAUCUGAUCUUACUCUGUCACGCACCCACCACCGUUGUUCCCUCUUCUUCUCCUUCUCGCUCUCUUUGCUGUACCACGCUUUCCAUUCUGCUCAAUGUUGCUUACGUCUCUCUCUCUCUCACCAUUCUCUGUUCCUAGCCGUUCUUCUUCCUCUAGCUUAGCUAACAUGGCUGUUCUAGCUCUCGCAGUGCUUCUCCUGGCCUUCACUGGUUCUACAAGUGCUAACUGGUGCGUUUGCAAGGAUGGGAGCGACGCAAUCCUUCAAAAGACAUUGGAUUAUGCCUGUGGAGCUGGGGCUGACUGUAACCCUAUCCAUCAAAACGGACCUUGUUUCCAACCUAACACCGUUAGGGCUCACUGCAGUUACGCCGUUAACAGUUUUUUCCAAAAGAAGGGUCAGGGCCAAGGGACCUGUGACUUCGCCGGAACGGCCACCGUUACUGCAUCUGACCCCAGCAGUGCUGGUUGUAUUUACCCCUCAAGCGCUAGUACUGCUGGCACUAGUACAACCCCUACAACCGGGACAACCACACCGACUUCAGCCUCUCCUUACACCGGAAUUGGAACUCCAUCGACAACCACUGGCUCCGGCUCCACCACGACAGCCACGCCUUAUGGUGCAACACCUGGGGUAUUAGGAGGGAUCGGCAAUGGCAUGGGACCUACUGGAUCUGGCAUGACCACUGAUGACACUAGUCAUGGUGGGCUCAGACUUGUAGACCAUAUCCUGGUCUCUACACUCUCAAUCCUCCUCUUUUCAAGUUUGAUGAUGACGACGCUGAGGCUCUAGUGGGGGGCUGAGAAGUGAAAGGACGAGAGCAGUGAGUGGGUAUGGACUCUGGCCAGCAAUGGUGGGGUUAUGUGAUGGUGCUGAUGUGAUGAUGCUGUGUUUCACUGUGCAGAAGAAGUGAUUAAGUAGGUCUUGAUGAACUUGAACUAGGAACAACGUGAGGUUUUUAUGAGUAGUUUUGGGUUCUGUUAUCUGCUACCUCAUGGGCUUUUGAUUCUUUCUGAGCAGUGCUAUGGUGUUCUCUCUAGUUUUGCAUUAAUUCUCUCUUCAUGUACAUCUGGAUCUUCAGUUCUCUAAGAGGUUGGUAGUUAAUUACUCUGAUAAGAACUUUAUCUCAUUCGUUGACUCCUCUCUUUCUGGUUUGGAGAAUUAGAAUUACUAAUGAGCAUGGACACCAAUGCAUUUCA